CUGAAAAAAAAAUUUUUUUUUUUUAAUAAAUAUAAUUUCUCUAUUAUUACUUAAAUGAAAAAAUGACUUCAGUAAAAGGAUGGAUUGAGGAAAAGAUAAAGAAUGAGUAUAUUCGUUAUUUUGAAUAUAAUGAAUUUAGUGAAAUCACCGAAAUUGGUAAUGGAAGUUUCGGUGUAGUGAAUAAAGCAAUUUUGGCUAAUACCGGAUUGGUCGCACUAAAAAUUAUAAUUAAUAAAAAUUCAAAUGAACUUAAUGAGGCUAAUGAUGAGAUAGUCAAGGAGUUAAAACUCCUUCGCGAGGUUGAUUAUCAUCCAAAAAUCAAUCGUUGCCUUGGAAUAACAAAAGAUUCUAAGAACUAUAUUUUGGUGAUGGAAUAUGCCAAUGAAGGAAAUUUAAGAGAUUUUUUGAAUAAAAAAUUUACUUCUUUGAAAUGGAGUGAUCAAAUUCAAAUGGCACUGGAUAUUACUAGUGGAUUGAAAUUUUUACACUCCAAAGAAAUAAUUCAUAGAGACCUGCACUCAAAAAAUAUCUUAGUGAAUAAUGGAAAGUUAUUAAUUGCAGACCUUGGAUUAUCUAAAAAAUUGGCAGAAGUUACAACUAAUUCAUUGGGUAAUAGAAAGGGGAUGAAUGAAUAUAUUGAUCCGCAAUGUUUUAAGGAUAGAAAGUAUAAAAAGGAUAAGAAGUCUGAUAUCUAUAGUUUAGGUGUUUUAUUAUGGGAAAUUUCAAGCGGACGUCCUCCUUUUUCUGACUGUAUACGAGGUUUAAUUGACUACUACGUUAAAAAAGGUGAUAGAGAGGAUACAAUUGAAGGUACACCUCCAAAGUAUAAAGAUCUUUAUCAACAAUGUUGGGAUGACGAACCAAAAUCAAGACCCAAUAUUGGAGAAGUACAUGAAAUUUUAAGUCAAUUAAUCACUAUUGAUCCACGAUCUUUACAACCUAAUAUACACAAUAUUGAUGACAAAAGUAAUUCAAAAGUUAACGAUAAUGAUGAUUUAAAUAUUUCCUCUGAUUUUUCAAUCAAUACUUCGGCGGUUCCAUUUAUAAAAUUUCUCCCUAUAAUUAAAGAAAUUGAAAAUAUUUUUGAAGAAAUUACCGAAUUAGUAAAAGCUGCUGAGCAUAAUAAACGAACCUGUAAAAUAUUAAAAAACCGAGUUGGUGCUGCAGUACGAGAUCUUGGAGAAGAUAGAAAAGAGUUUUUUAAUAAUAAAAAUUAUUCAUGUUUACAAGAUUUAUCUGAUACUAUAACACGAAUUAAAAAAUUUAUAUCAGAAAUUUCUCAAAUGAAAUCUUUGAUAAAACAUAUUAAAGUGAAAAAUAUUGAGGAAACUUUUAAGAAAUUAUGUGAAGAAUUUGAUAGUUAUAUUAAAGUAUUGUCUUUUUCUAUUGACGUUAAGACUGCUGAUGAACUUGGACAAUUAAAAGCCGAUCAAGAUGAUAUAACUAAAGUGAGUUUAACAAAUUGGGCUCUAUUAUACAUAUUUAUAUAUAUGAGUAUAAAAAUUAAUUAUAUUGUUUUUUAAUAAUUUUAGUAUCUAAAAGAAAUAGUGGCUAGUAUAAAGCUCAAAUUGAAUUAUGGAUUAUUCUUGAAUGGGUAUAGCAUAGAACCAAGUAAACAAGCUAUAUUUACUGAAAAUGGAGAAUUGAAUAUAAGUUUAUAUGAAGGUCAACCUCUAGUAUAUACUUUCAUAAACGAUCGU